UAGCGGAUUAACGAAGAAGUUUGGCCUGAGAUUUACACAGCUGCCAUGGAGGACAACACAGACACAGCUGCUCUUAUCAAUUCUUUCUGCGAGAUCACCUCCUCCUCCAAGGAAGAAGCCCUCUUCUUCCUCGAGAGUCACCAAUGGAAUCUCGGCUCCGCCGUGUCUACUUUCCUUGACAGCAACAAUUCUAUUAAUAACAAUAUCGACGACCAUGCUUCGCUUCCCAUCGCUCCUCCUGCUCCUGUUGCGAACUCUCCCUCUCAUUCUUCCUCGCCUUCGGAGUCUCAAUCUCCCAAUUAUUCUCCAUCGCAAUCUCCGUCUCGCUCUCGCUCUCGCUCUCCUUCUCCGACGCCGUCUCGGGUCCCUUAUCGGCUUCGAUCGAGGGGUAAGAGGCCGGUUAAGUCUGUGGCUGAUGGGAGUAGGACGCGUGGAGGAAUUCGCACGCUUGCUGAUCUGAAUCGGACUCCUGAGGUUGCAUUGGGGAGUGACGAUGACGACGAUGAUGAGCGACAACAGUAUUACACUGGUGGCGAGAAAAGUGGGAUGCUGGUCCAAGACCCUACCAGACGAUAUGAUGCAGAUGCCGUUUUUACUCAAGCUAGACAUUCAGGAGCUGUGGAAAGGCCUGCUGAUUACCUACAGUCUUCUUCAAGUUCAAGAAGCUUCACUGGAACAGGGAGAUUACUUUCAGGUGAGACAGUUCCAUCUGCUCCUCAACCACCUGAGGUUGUUCAUCACACUGUCACUCUUUGGAGGAAUGGCUUUACUGUAGAUGAUGGACCUUUGCGAAGUUUUGAUGAUCCUGCCAAUGCAUCAUUCUUGGAGAGCAUCAAGAAGUCUGAGUGCCCCUUGGAGCUUGAGCCAGCAGAUAGGAGAACUCAGGUCCAUCUUGAUCUGAUGAGACGGGAGGAAAAUUACUCAGAACCAGAGAAACCCCAAACUCCAUUCAAAGGCUUGGGAAGAACUUUGUGCAGCAGCAGUGGCAGUGUCAACCCAGCAACUGCCUCCAAUCCAACGUCUCCCACUAUUCCGAGUAAGAUGGUUCCAUCGCCAGAAGUAGGCCUAGUUGUAGAUUCUUCAGCACCAACUACGUCAAUUCAGGUUAGGUUAGCGGAUGGCACACGUAUGGUUGCACGUUUCAACUUACAUCAUACUAUCAGAGAUGUACGUGCCUUCAUUGAGGCAUCAAGACCAGGAGGGGCAAGAAAUUACCAACUGCAGACAAUGGGGUUCCCUCCCAAACAACUCACAGAUCCAGAGCAGACAAUAGAGGAGGCUGGCAUAGCAAGUUCUGUUGUUAUACAGAAAUUCUAAACAGAUAGUUGGUGGGUUAUUUACUUUGUUCUGUAACAUUCCUGACAUAUUAGGUUCCAUUUCCUUUUAUUAAGGGACCCAGUGGAAAUUCAAUUCUAUUUAGUUUGAAUGUAUUUCGUUCC